UCUCAGCAAGUCACUUAGCUCAGAUAGCUAGCCAGCCUUCCUGGGUCGUCAUUUACACCUGAUGUUACUAUAAUACAAUAGAAACUCUGGUCAUGGAAGGUUCUGUGUCUAACUUAGAAGUCUGCAAUUUUGCCUUUACUGGCCAGUUUGAAGAAUUAAAAAAAUGCAUUCUUUCCGAUAAAUCAUUGGCUACUAAAACGGAUCAGGAUGAGAGAACUGCUUUGCAUUGGGCCUGUUCCGCUGGUCACGCAAAAAUUGUAUCAUUUCUGUUGGACCUUGGUGUUGAAGUGAACAUACAAGAUGAUACUUGCUGGACUCCCCUUCACAUUGCAGCUUCAGCUGGCAGAGAAGAAAUUGUGCAAUUUCUGAUUUCCAAGGGGGCUCAACUGAAUUGUGUCAACCAGAAUGGCUGUACACCCCUGCAUUAUGCAGCCUCAAAGGAUAGAUACGAAAUAGCUCUCCUGUUACUGGAAAAUGGUGCGGACCCCAAUGUCUCAGAUAAACUGGAAUCCACUCCAUUACACAGAGCUUCAGCUAAAGGAAACUAUCGUCUGAUCCAGCUUCUGCUGGCACAAAGCGCUUCCACAAACAUCCAAGAUUCUGAAGGAAACACAGCCUUGCACUUGGCUUGUGAUGAAGAAAGGGUAGAGGCUGCCAAACUGCUUGUGGAACAUGGAGCCAGCAUCUACAUUGAGAAUAAGGAGGAGAAGACCCCUGUGCAAAUGGCCAAAGGAAGCCUGGGAGCACUGCUUAAGAGGAUAGUGGAGGGAUGAUUAUUAUAUCCUACUCAGCUGAUGGAAAAACUUUGGCAGUAACCAUAUACAGCCAUAUCUUUAGCUGUCUAGAGAGGGAUGAAAUCGCCAUACGUUGCCAUAUGAGUGCUAAACAGUCAAGCAAAAAAACUUGAUCUAAAUUCUGUAGCUUGAACUACACAAAGAUGUCAACCAUGUAGUGUUUUGGCUCCAGAUGUUCAGUUUUUUUUUUGGUUGUUGGAAAAGGUCCAAUAUAAAAGCUUGCACUUAUUUUGAAUAGAGUUUACUUAAAUCAGAUUAUUAAUUUGGUAUUUGUGCAUACGUAAUUAUUUUGUUUUUGUUUGAUGUAAAUGUUAACUAUAGGUCUGUUUUACAACCUAGAUGUUGGCUCUUGGAUACUUUUCAAGACACUCAUAUUAAGUAUGUAUGUGUGUUUGAUGAAACAUUUUACUUGCUUUGACCAAAAUGUAUAUAAAAAAAUAAAAUUUGAACUAGA